CGCCAUCAAUCAAGUCCUCUGGGGAAGAGAGGAGAUUAGGAUACGAAUUCGUGCUGUAAUCGGUCUCUCGAACAGCCCACUAGACAAAUAAAAUACUCCUACAAAUAUUAGUAGGAAAGAAAAAGGAAAACAGAGGAAGGCUGAUUACGCGUUGCAGCUCCAGGCUGUGGAGGACUCCUCCCCGCACCAAUCCCAGCACCGACGCCGACGCCGUCGCCCACCGGCUCCUCCUCCUGUAACCCCCGGCGUCGGUUCUCACAAGGUUUUUUAUGCAUGGCAUCCGACAAUAAGGUCACUGAAGUGUCAUCUGUGGCUGAUGAAUGGGAUAUGCUAUCUCUGACUUCAUCAGUGUACGCUAGCCCAUUAUACCGAAAAGGAUUUGAUCCAAUUAAUUUGCCUGGGUAUGGGGAUGUGAGUAAUAGUCAGCAAGGGACACAUCCUGGAUUAUACGUGUCAGAUGGAUUUGUGUUCCCUCCAAGUGAGCAUGAGAAUUUGCCAAUAGAACCUGAGGUUGAUGAAUUAAAUACUAACAACAAUGGUAAGGAAUGUAGUUGUGAUGGGAAUAAUGAUGAAUGGUGUUAUGUGGAACCCGAUGAAGUUGAUGGCAUUAAUGAUGAAAACCCAUCUGUCAGUAGUGACUUGCCUUCUGCCAAUGAAACUACUUUCGCAGAUUCAAAACCCCCAGAAAUACAUGCCAAGGAAGAGAAAGAUCGUACAACCUUCAAGUCUGAUCUUCCGAGUGAAGGAUGGUGGAAAAGGAAAUCCACUUAUCUUUUCCACCAUAUAAAGGGUUUGACUACAGUCUGCUCAGUUGUGGCAGCUGGUGCUGUUGUGGGUUUUGUUGUAAUGGGUAAGAGGUGGCAGCAGGACAACUGGCACCUUCAUCAACUUCAUUUUAGCAUCAGCAGUGAGAGCACGAAUCAAGUCAUUGGAUUAUUCAGCCGUUUGAAGGACGGGCUUCCCGGGAGUCAGCAGCUGAGGUCUUUGCUGCCAACUCGUGUACUCCCGCAACAGCAGCUGAGUGCUUGAGCGCAACAGGUGCUGAAUUUUGGUGGCAGGGAGUGCUUCUAAUGUCAAUUUUUGUUUCGCAUAUGAUUUUGAGAUAGUACAUGCUUUCUUGUACUAGUACGACUGUUGAUUUUAUCCUUGUGUAAAUUUGUGGUCGAGACUUUCAUGUCGCAUUAUUAUUCAUAGUCCGUAGGAACUGUAAAAUACAUGGGGGAAAAACGACAUAUAGGCCACUACAACUAUCUGUAUCUGCUGUCUGGGUAUGAGCCUCCA